AGAAAGUGAAGGAGGGAUGUAUGAAGAGAUAAACGGCUUCCCCCUAGGUGCAGAUGGUACAGUCCAAAGGGUCCCGAGGACUCCGAUUGGCCGGCGCCGAGGCGUCACUGCUGAGUUUCCCCGCCUCCCAAAUCUUCAGCAACUGCGACUUCUUCCCUGCUGAGUUCUCAUUGGUCGUCACCCUGAAGACACCGAGGCUGAGACAGAAGAGCAACCAGUACAUCUUCUCCGUGGUGGAGGAGGGAUCUGAUUCGCUGUUGCUCGGGCUGCGAGUCUCAGAGAACCGCCUCCACUUCCUGAUCACGCGCCCCGGUGCGGGUGGGCGGAGCCGGCUGAGCUUUAAGGACGUUGGAUUGGACGAUAACCGCUGGCACACGGCGGUGCUGGCGGUCAGCGGAGCGUACGCCACGCUCACCGUCGACUGUGGACUGCCUCUGGAGCUUAAACAGGUCCAGGCGUUCCCCGGCGCUCUGAGCACCAGAGGGUCCAGGUUCUUCAUCGGCAGCCGGAGGAUCACGAGGGGACGCUUCUCGGGUUUAUUGCGUCAGCUGGUUCUACUUCCUGGGUCGGACGCGACGUCCAGGCUUUGUCCGACCUCUGACCCCAGCGUGGCCGAGCUGUCCGUGCCCCGGGUCCUCAGGCCCCCCCCGCUCCAGCCAGACCACCGGGGACCGCCCUACCCGUACGAGGCGGAGGCCAGGGUGACUCUGGGGAGUCCCCCCCCGUGUGCGGGACCAGAACUGGGCCAGCUCUGGUUCGACGCCCAGGGGCCAGGGCUCUUCAUCUGUGACGGACUCACGUGGACCCCCCUGCUGCACCGUCCGGAACGUCUGGACUACGUGGAGGACUACCAAGAUCUGUACACCAGCUCCGAGACCUUUGACGUGGAGGUCUUCUCCAUCCCGUCUGAGGGUCUGUUCAUGGCCGCCGCCCACAGGGACUCGCGGCCCGGCUCGGGGAUCUUCCGGUGGACCAACGGGUCGUUCCAGCUCUACCAGAACAUCAGCACCCAGGAGGCCCGCGCCUGGAAGCACUUCACCAUCGCUGACACGAUCAAAUGUUGA